AUGGUCAACGAGCUAGGAGCGGGAAAUCCACGAGUGGCUAAGCUAUCAGUGGUGGUGGUCAACGUCACGACUAUUCUCAUCAGCUUAGUUCUCUGUGUCAUUGUGCUUGUGUUCCGCGUCGGCCUUAGCAAAGCCUUUACCAGCGACGCAGAGGUUAUAGCAGCCGUCUCUGACCUCUUUCCACUCCUCGCCGUUUCCAUUUUCUUAAACGGAAUCCAACCAAUUCUCUCUGGGGUUGCUAUUGGAAGUGGGUGGCAAGCAGUGGUGGCUUAUGUGAAUCUUGUUACUUACUAUGUCAUUGGUCUUCCUAUUGGCUGUGUUCUUGGCUUCAAAACCAGUCUGGGAGUUGCUGGGAUCUGGUGGGGGAUGAUUGCAGGAGUCAUACUUCAAACCCUAACUUUGAUUGUUCUUACACUUAGAACUAACUGGACUUCCGAGGUGGAAAAUGCAGCUCAUAGGGUAAAGACUUCGGCAACUGAGAAUCAAGAGACGGCUAACGAAGGAGUUUGAGAUCAAUAGAGACUGUUUUUUUUUCUCCUCCUUUGGUGGCAAGAGAUACAAUAUGAAAUAAGUACCCUUUUGAUUCUUAAGUUAUUUGAGGAUUCAGAAACAUA